AUGGUUUCUAACACAGGGAUUGGAAGGUCAGAACUAAAUUCCCACGAACUUCAGGGACUCCAGGGACUACAGGAACUCGAGGAACUCCAAGGGAACACCAGGGAACACCCCCUCUCUCCCCGAGGCCCGUUGGAUCUCGACUCUUACCGCGCUCCACUUCAGAACGCCGAAUCACACGCUAAAAUCAAAGAGGAUCUUCGACAUCUAGACGAUCUUUGA